AAAAAAUACAGUAUUCAGCUUGUUUGUUUUAUUGGUGGUACAAUUUUGUUGACCACAGCAGCCACUCUUCUACUGUAAAUUUAACCAUUUUUAUUCGUAGUGUAGCUUUCAUGAGCUACUAACCGUAAAAUGUUGUGUCCUAUUCGAAAUUCAAUAGUAGAUGAACAAUAUUUGAGUGUUGUAUAUUCUUAAAUGAAAAAUACCAUGCGACCACAUGAGAAUUACAUUUCUAUACAUAUUUCAUAUACCAUCACAUUUACUGCCAUUGACGGUGAUAGACUUCCAAUCCAUUUCAACUGUGAGGGCUGGCAGUGGUCUUUCACAACCAGCUCUCCCAGCCCUUUGUCACUGUCAAUGGCUGCGAGUGAGAUCGUGUUUAUUCUGGAUUUUUUUUUAAACAUCAGCAGCUAUGCUUGGUAUUCUCUCAAGUUCAGCAGAGAGGUGGGUGGGGCAUCGGUGUCAAGGUGAGAGUUGUUAUUAAUCCAGUAGGACCUUGAUGUGACACCACAGUGACUCAAGCUUUCAUCUCAAAUGCACAAUGCAACCAAAAUGGGACUGCACAGCCUGCAAAUUUCCCUUCUAAAAUAAAUAAUAUAGCUUCCACACGCUAGCUCCAGUGAAAUGAUGUGUCAUCCAUUUGGUACCAAGUUAAUGUGGACCACGUCAUUUCGCUCUCCUGUGACGUAUGCCAUCACUGAGAUUCUAUAUUCAGUAUGUUGAUUUUCAGUUGGGCGCCAUUUUUUUCACCUUUCUUUGCCACCUUUCUUUUCUUCCAGCACAACACAUUCGCGCUCUUCACUACCUCAUCUACUCAGUCCACCCCCUCCUUUCUUUUUUACCCCCUCUCUAUAAUUGGUUUCUAUUUUCGGGCAGCCAUAAGAGUCUCUGUGUCUCGUGUUUGUGUCUCGCACCCCAUUUUCCGACUCCUCCAUCCUCACCCUCUGAUGUUAUCACUCUGCAUCUAACUAUUUCCAUGUACAGCCACACCUACUAGUGUCUGCAUCCUGUUUCAUUUUGGCACAACCUUAAUUUUCCCCUUUUAUCUUUGCUGUAUGCCCAUUAUCUCACUGGCUGCCUUCAACGAUUAUAGAUGUACCAGAUCUGCUCUAAAAAUGAGCUGUGUAUACAUUGACCACACAGUAACUUUUACAUAUUAACGCUUAAAACACUGAAACUAAUGACACAUACAGUAUCAACAACCUUCUUACUGUUGUAAAAUCUGCACUGUUAUUUUCAUUGAGUAACGUUUUUGGCUGCCAUUUACUGUGAUAGACGUACAAUCCAGUUUUGACUGAACGGGCUGGGAGCGAUCAUUCAAGUGAUGCCAGUACUCCCAAUGAAAAUGGAUUGGAAGUCUAUUGCUGUCACUGGCACUGAAACGUUCAAUGUCAGACAUCUGAGUUCAAAUAUAUUUGAUGUCCAUAACUGCUAAUGGGAGUGAAUAAUUUAAACUUGGUUUCCGAUGCACCAGAGUCCAAGAAUGCAAAUUAACUUUCAGUGAAGUAAUGCAAAAGCUGACUAAACCGAGGUGAAUAGCUUUCAUGACCUAAUUCACAGUCUGAUGACAGUGGUGUAUAUAUUUAGCCCACAGCAAAAAAAGUACGUUUCAAAGAUAAUACAAUGUGCAUGUGUUCAUAAAGUAGAUGAAAUGUCAUAAAGGUUUUGUCACACGACCACUAAAAGUGCCACUAUAAACAAUCCCGAAAGGGGAGUGGAAUUAAAACUUGUUAGAGGGAGGGAGACGUAGUGCAGACCUUGGUUGGCUGUUGGAUGUCUCUAGAGAGGUAGCAUGUGUUUAAAAGACCCAAAAAGACUUGGAGAGAGAGGAUGAGAAUCUGUCAGAUAAUUUUCACAAGUGAGUGGAGGACAAUGGGGAUAUCUCAUCAAAGCAAAAAAAACUCGCCUAGAAAGCCCGGAAGCUGCAAAACUUCAAGCCAAACGUCACAGAGACGCCCUGCUCCUGUUCGGACUCCCCGCAUCCGACCGCCGCCACCUCGAAAUCCUCUUUCACGCAAGUGUCAGGCUCAGACACGCGAGGCACACUUGCACACGACACAACCGCGCAGGGCGAGUACACAGCUGGCACACGGCUGGCUGACGCCGACGCGCGACCAGCAAACGACACAUGGCAUUCACUCGGGUUGUACCUUCUACUGCUAUUUCUGCUACUGUUGUUACUGUUGUUGCCUCACGCUACUCUCCUUUUCUCUCUUCCUCCUCCUGUCUCCAACACCACCCUCUGACUCCUUCACUCCACCUCCUCCCCACUUGCCGACAUCAACUUCCUGCGCGGAUGAACUUUUGAUCCAUCCUGACAUCAACCUGACUGUUUCUGCCACGACUCCAUGCUGCCCUUUGUCACCCUGCCCUGAACUUCUCAACCCUUCUUGCCCUAACACCGCUCCCACUUCCUCUUCGGACUACUCCUUUUCUUUCCAUCGCCAUGCCCUUUGCCGGCCGUGGCCAUGUUCUCGUUCUCUUUCCUCCCUGCUUCUGUGCCCUCCCAGUUUUGGGGACCCAGUCUUGUCCUACACAUCCACUCUGGAACACAUCCCCUCCGGGCCAGCCCGUCCCCGGACGCUGCUACGCCAGCAGAGUCUGCAGCAGCCCCUUAUGAACCCGCCGGGCGCUGGAUUCGGACAUCCGCCCACCACAUCCCAGAGUUUGGGACAGUUGCACCCGGCACCUGGACAGACCGGGGGAGGUGGGGCUGCUGGGAGAGGAGAGGCAGGUGGGGGCGGAGGUGAGGGUGGGGGAGCGGGUAAAAGAGCUGUUCCACGGGCCGCGAGGGGCGGCCUUGCUGGAGCGGGUACCUCUCGCUAUAGAGGAGGUGGCGCGGGCGGGCGCUCGCGUGCCAAUCCUGGCAGCUGGGAUUACAUGAUGGACCAGAUCCGGAAUAGAGGCCUGGACGUCAAAUCCUUCCUCGAAGGGAAGCUGGUGGUCCUGUCUUUGGCCAUCGGUGUGGCCGAGCAAGAUGACUUUGCCAAUAUCCCCGACCUGCAAGAAACACAGCAGACAGUCCCGGCUGCAAGUCAGGAGCCCCCCCUCGAGAAGAGGGGCAACAAGCCAGCCAAUAGUCCCAAAGGCCAACCCCCUGAUGCCGAUGGCCACUCCUCCGUCACCGACCUGGCUAACUCCCUCACCGGCGAUAUGGUGAUGCUGUCUCCAGGUUCAGAGGAUGACGAUGGAGAGGGGCCUAUCAGCGAGAAAUUGGGUCGGAUCCAGUUCAGUAUAGGCUACAGCUUCCAGAACACGACCCUCACUGUCAAAGUUCUUAGGGGUCAGGAGCUCCCGGCCAAAGACUUCUCGGGCACUUCGGAUCCCUUCGUCAAAAUCUACCUACUGCCUGAUAAGAAACACAAGCUGGAGACGAAGGUCAAGAGGAAGAACCUUAACCCCCACUGGAACGAAACAUUCCUGUUUGAGGGUUUUCCCUAUGAGAAGGUCAGAGAGCGCACACUUUACCUUCAAGUGUUGGACUAUGACCGCUUCAGCAGGAAUGACCCUAUUGGAGAGGUCUCAAUUCCCCUUAACAAAGUGGAAUUGGGUCAGAUAAAGACCUUCUGGAAGGAGCUCAAGCCCUGCAGUGAUGGCAGUGGGAGGCGAGGGGACUUGCUGGUGUCUCUGUGUUAUAAUCCCACUGCCAACACCAUCACUGUGAACAUCAUCAAAGCCCGUAAUCUUAAAGCCAUGGAUAUUGGGGGCACCUCAGAUCCGUACGUGAAGGUUUGGUUGAUGCACAAAGACAGACGUGUAGAGAAGAAAAAGACUGUGACGAUGAAGCGCUGUCUCAACCCCGUCUUCAAUGAGUCCUUCCCCUUCGACGUCCCCGCCCAUGUGCUGAGAGAGACCACCAUCAUCAUCACUGUCAUGGACAAGGACAGACUCAGCCGCAAUGAUGUUAUCGGCAAGAUCUACCUUUCGUGGAAGAGCGGACCAGCGGAGGUGAAGCACUGGAAGGACAUGCUGGCCCGGCCGCGCACCAACGUGGCCCAGUGGCACGCUCUGAAGGCCUGAUGGCACAGCCCACCUUCCUCCUUGGUCCCCCGCCCCCUGUCUCCUCCCAGUCCCGUCCUUAUGCACAAGACUGACUUGCUGCCAGGCUGCGAAACACGGGUACAAUUAGCCAUCUGCUCUCUUGAACCUUUAAACGCCUUCCCUUGUCCUCUCCAGCUCUUCUUCUUGUUCCUCCUGUUUUUAUUUCCUUUUCCCCUCAUUUUGACUGCCCAUACUCCCUUGUGCACUUUGUUUGUGGAGGCCCAAAGUUUUGUUUCUACGGGGACCGCUCGGUCCUGAACUGCACUGCAGCAACUGAUCCACUGAAAGGUGCCAGUCCCGUGGGAUCACAGAGAAUCUUAAGUGAUACAUAUAAUAGUGUAUGAUAAUUCCAGGAACACUCUACUGUCCAGUAUGUACUGUAUGUACAUAAACAUGCAUAUAAAUUAUAGAUGACCCCUUCCGUCCAACACCAAUAGGAUACGCUAUCCAUAGCCUAUCUUUGGUUCUCUCCAUUCAUUUGUCUCUAAUGUACUCUAUCUUCCGUUAUGUUGCUUCUCCUUUUACUUAAAGUAAGUGGAUUUUAAUGUUUGACUCAAGUCAUAGAAAGCAAUCAAUACUUGGUUUGUGACGAAACCAACUGAGUUCAAGAUGGUAUUGUUAAUACUCGUGUCUCUCUUUUCUCUUCUAUUCUCUCAUUACCUCUUUAUUGUUCCCUAUUUUUAUCCUCUGGCAAAAUAUUAGCGGUCCCCACCCUCCCUACAACCACCGCCAUGUCCUUGUUGUCCAUGUGCUGUGGGUGCUGUGCUGUAGCUCCAAACAAACAAAAAAUAGAGGUUAAAAGAUAUACUGUAUAUGUACUGAACUUUCCGAAGCUGGGAAACCGGGAACAAGAUAAACUCACGAGACGGAUCACUCCUGAUUUUUCCAGACAAUAAGCCCUUGACACGGAAAGAGAAAAAAGAAGACGUGAGGGAGUAACAAACCCAAGUUCAAAUCUGAGAUGCUACGAUGAUGUCAUUUUUCACAGCGAAGGAGGGACCUAAUUUCCAAAUCUUCUUGCAACAAAGGCAACGCAACGUUUGUGCUGUUCUGUGUGCAUGCGUUCCAAUGUGUGCGCUCACUUGGAUUUGUGUAUUGAGCCUAUGAAUUCUUCGUGCUGCCGUGUGCUCUUGUUUUGCCCUGUUGUGCUGAAGAUCUCAGAGAAUCGCUCUAUCUUCCUCAUCCCUUUGCCUCUGUGGCGCAUCUCUAUUAACGUACGCCUGCUGGUGAAAAGUGUGUAUUUGAGUGCGCGUAGGUGCGUGCGCGUGUGUGUUCCAGCAAUGCAACAGAAGUCUUCUCUUUUCUCUUUCUCUCUUCUUACUGCCAUCGCUUCCCCAUCCUCCUUUACUGCCCUGCCUUCUGAACGAGGUUGCGGGGAAGUUCUAUCUGCACUUUUUCAAAAUGUAAUAAUAAUAAUAACCUUGGGGGUGAAGAUGUUUUUGAUGAUGAUUAUAGUACUGGUGAAAAUGGAGGAGGGAGUGUGUGAAAGGGGAGAAUGGGGAGAGGCCGCCUCUGCACCGUGACUUGAGGGUGUCGAGAUGAAGACGAGGACACAAAGGACGGAUGAAGGGCUCUCAUCCUCCUCUUUCUGUGCUGCCUCUUGUUUUUUUGGGGGGGUUUCUUUUUUUGUCUGCCUUCACUGGCAUGUAUGUGGAUGUUUCCUGUUGGCGGGUGGAGAAAGGAGAGAUCGCACUUGCUUUGCUUGUCAUUUGGAGGCUCGCCAAGCCAGCAUUGUUAUGACACAAAGUGGAAAGCAUGAUCAGAGUUCCAACCGAGUGACUGGCAAAUUCUGUAUGUUGUUCUGGAUGCUGUAAGCAGUCUGGCUGAAGUGGAUUCCGACUCUGUUGGCGACCCCUUCCAAAAAAAAGAUAGCAUAGAAUUUUGUGUCUCGCUGUUUCGCACUCCGUGGGUGUGAUUUUUGAAGAUGGACUGAUCUGUGACUGCGAGAUAUUGGAGAAGCAGAUAAUCUUUUCCCCGGGUGCUACGAUCCAGCAGUGUUUCAGUGGCUGCCUGUUUUGUCAGCCACAGUCAACUCAAAUUCCUUCACAGUAAAUAAAACAGACAGCAGGAAUACUUGCAGUCAUUUCAAGCUACUUGCUUAGGAGUGUUUUUACAGUAGUAAAGACCCUUGUAGGCCUAAUCCGAGGACUAGUUGGGAUGCCCAGUGUUUCCCCUAGGAUUUUUUGAAGCUGUGGUGGUUGGCUGCAUCAGAGUCGGAUUGCCUCACCAUGUCGUGCCAUGGCAAAAUUGCGUCAUAUCAUGACAUUUUUUUUUUCACAUUUUGCUUCCCUAAAAGAACCAUAACAAAGAUCUAUUUGAAAUAUUUCAUGAGCCAGGCUAAUGUUGUAGCUCUCAACUACGGUUCAUAUACGUAAAAUGCGUAGCUGAUUACAGUUACAUUACCCUACGUAAUAAUACGACUGUUCAAUGUCGUAGCAAUAGUAUGACUUACAUUUCGUAGUCCUUCUUUUUCCUUUAAUUUGGCCUUUAUAUGUACUACAUUAACACAACAAUAAUAGUACUUCUGUUAAUGGACCAAUGGCGUACGCUUGCAUAGGGACGUUAGGGAUAUAACACUAUGAACUUUUCAGGAUGCUCAAAUUGUCCCCACCAAAUUUUAAGCAACCUUUUUGCAUUAUAUAUUGAGUUCAGUUGUAUAUGUCAUUUAGAUUGUCUUCACAUAUUUUGUAAGGAUAGAAUUGACCCUACCAUUAUUAAGUGAAUCACUUUCAUUAUGUUCAGACUUACACUGACACAAUUUUUUCCCCCUCAAACGCACGUUUGAUUGGCAGAUGACUAAAUUCCCUUAUUUUCAAUCUACUAGAAAUAAGUGAAAUUAUCUGCCAGUGGUUUAAGUAAAUUUUACUCAGAUUUCUUCAAAUAAGAUUAUUUUCAGACAUCUAUUUUUUAACACACUUAUUUUAAGCAAAAAAAAAAAAAGUUUUUUUUUCUUCAGGAAUGUUCUUAAUUCAAGUGAUUUUGUUCAAAACAUUAUUUGAAAGCAUUUUUCCACUUGAUUUUGGUGAAAAAUGACCAACCUUUAAAUGUAUAGGCUUAAUAAGAUCAAAUGGUAAAAUUUACCUAUAGUAAAUUGAAUAAUUUGACCCAUUAAUCUGUUAAUAGUCUUUAACAUUCAAAACAAGAUGGAGCAAAUUAUUCGAAUAAUUUCAGAAAAAUCGUAUUAAAACGUUCUAAAUUUGCACUGUGAAAGCUGGUACGUCAAUACAGAUUUAUUUUUGCAUUGAUCAUUUGACCUAUCAAUUAAUUAGGUUCAAAUUGGUGGUGUGAAAUGUAGCCCUGACCCCCGUUCACCCAAUCUGUUGGGUCUUAUUAAAGUAAUGUCCGUCCCCAGCAAAAAGUGUACAUGCAGUUUAUGCUGUUAUAUCGUCCCUGUCAAUCUUGAGAGUGAAGUAUUCUUGAGCAAGAUACUGAACCCCACAUCGCUCCUGGUGCUGCGUCACCAGUAGGUAGAUGGCAAUGUAGUGUAAAGCGCUUUGAGCGCCUUGAAAUGGAAAAGCGCUAUAUAAGUAUAACACCAUUUACCCACUUUAUUGUGGCAACAAUAAUAAAGAAAAACAAUAACAAAAUAACAGCGGGCUUCCGUGACAUGCGACCGCUAUCUCGCUUCUCUCUACGUCACAGCUCCUCGUCCAAAUGUCUCUUAAGGGGGCCUCGCGGAGUUACGGACAUUACAAUACACAAUGAAUUGGUUGCCGCUGAACCCUUCACACUAGGCUGCCGCUAGUUUGAAAUAGCCUUAAUUUUUUUAAACAUCUUUUUUGCACGAUGUGGCGGCUUUUAUUUUGAUGUGGCGGUGCGCCACAAUAAUAAUAUGUAGGGGAAACCCUGGAUGCCGCUUACAUCUAAGUUUCUUUAAAUUGUCACUAGGACUUCAGUAUAAGUAGUUGGAACUCAACAUGUAAAGAAAAUUGAACUUCAGUUAAAGUAAAUAUGUAAUAUGUUCCACCCGGAGAUUGAUACCGGAAUUGACCUGGGGUAUGAACGUAGCCUAAGAUAUCGCGUGGCCUGUUCAUGUUUUCGUUCUUCAGGCAGAUAGGACCACAAUGUUUGCUGAGGCAACACUUGCAAGGGGGAAAAAAAGAUGGAGUGUGCACUCAUUAGUUAUGAAUAUGCUGUAAAGACCUAAACUUGAGGAAUAUAAUCAAGACCCAUUUGGUUUCCUAGCAGGUGAUUUAGUACUGCGGCUAUUUCUUUUCGCCGUGAUUACAUGGUGCGCAAAAAGGGAUAAAUCAGCAAGAUCGGCCUAAUAAACUGGCAAAAAUGUGGCAUUAUUCUUAGCAAUACAAGGUCUUUGUUUUGCUGCUGUUGCACAUGUACAGCACUUUUAAAAAUGUGUAGCACAACACUGAGGGGGAAUUUGUGUUGUUAUCUGUAACCUUUGUUUGAACUAAAACAUCCCUUGGGCAAAUAAAGUCUAUGUUAAUGAUCUGUUAUGAUCUUUUUUGUGAUAACAACUCGUGUAAACCACAUGAAUAGUCAUGCUCAGGAUUGCCGAGUGAGUAAACAUUUUAAAUACACUAUCUACGAUUAUUCAAAGAGUUGCAUAACAAAGAAGCCCUCUUUUCCAGCUGCCCUAAAACUAGAUGAUGUUAUGUUAAACAACAUUUUUGGAACACACACCAUUUUUUAAGUUAUUUGAAUGUAUUCACCGCCAUUGACGGUGAUGGACAUCCAAACCAUUUUGACUGGGAGAGACUCAGAGCAAAUAAUCACAGCCAGCCCUACCAGUCGAAAUGGGUUAGACAUCUUUCACCGUCAAUGGCAGCCAAUGAGAAACUGUAUCUGUGGUACCUGAGUUCUGAAUACUGUACCUUCAACACUGGGCAACCCAAUUUUGUUGUUUUAGCUCUGCCAGCUGUUUUAACGCAUUUUUGGGUGCAGAAUCCACAAUUGAUCACGUCAAGUUUUUGAACUGGACGAUCCCCAUUUUCUUAAUCAUUCAUCAUCUGCACCGCUUAUACUCCCGAGUCUCUUGGGGGUGCUGGAGCCUUUCUCAGCUAACUAUGGACAGUAGGUGGGGUAGAUCCUGAAUUUGUUGCCAGCCAAUUGCAGGGCACAUCUAGGCAAAUCUAACUAUUCAUUCUCACAAUCACACCUAUGGGGAAUUUAGACUGAUCCAAUCUACCUGCCACACGUUUUGUGAUACUGGAGGAUGGCAGAGUGCCUGGAGAAAGCUUGCUUUAAUGAAAAUUUUCAAAUUUUGACAUACAAUUAAAUAACGAAGCUGGCAUGACUGAUUUAUUUGUUUAUUUGACACUUUUUUUUCCCACAGCAUGCACGGAGUAACAACAUAGUACAUAGGUAGAGUAGGCUGUGGAGAAAAACCUUGAUGUAAUGAGGAAAUUGAGACCAGUUUUGGAUUCCGCACCAAAACUUUAUUAAAACAGCUUUCAGACCUAAAACAACACCCCCCCCCCCCCCCCCCCCUAAAUUUUUGUCCAGUGUAAUCAAUCCGGCUUGACCCCUUAGCUCUUAAAUCUUUAAAUUAUUCAGCUAAAAAUGCACGGCUGAUUUUGACCACGGUGUAUCCCGCCUGGCAUCCUCCAAUUGUGUACAUAUACAAUUUAUGUCCCAUUAAACAAAAACAGGCUGCAAACAUAAGGUUAUGAGGAAGGUCAGCAACAUUUUGUGCCCCUUUUUCUUAUAUGCACACUGAGUGGCUCCUCAAAAUUUGCACAGACUAAUGAGAUCCACACUUUUUCAUUUAAACAUAGAAUGAUUUAGUAUGACAAUUAGCGCAUCCUCAAAGCUCCUGGUGUUAACUUGGCACCAGCUUUUAUGCUGAAUCAGAUUGUGAACAUGAUUGCUUGUAAAAGAUUUGAAAGAAAUCCAAGUCAAUACAAUUUCAUCAAAAAAAAAACAAACAAAACAAAAACAAAAACAAAAAAAAACAGCUGUAGCUUUUUCAUGAUCUUGCUAACAAGCAAGUGAGGAGAGAAGACCAAGUUUUCCCUCAGAGACUGAUUAUAGUUUGUUCUUGUCACAACAUGUCCCCCCGCAUGUGUCAUGCAAGUUUUCCCAGGAUGGAUUUUGUGUUCAGUGUUGUUUCAGGCAGCCCUUUUAUUUUUAGCCUCUCGGACAAAAAUUAGAAAUAGUUGUAUUUUAGCCAUUUCUAAAUGUAUUAUUCUAAUUAUAGUUUUAGUUGAGAAAUACAAGACUUUAAUCAGUCAAAAUUCAAAUGUUUCCACAAAUUUAGUAUCUACAGUACAGUGGUACCUCUAUAUCCAAAGUUAAUUCAUUCCAGGACCUAGUUUGUAAGUCAAAAUGGUUGUAUGUCGAGCAGGAUUUUCCCAUAUGAAUACAUUAUAAUUCCAUUAAUUCGUUCCACUGCCCAAAAACUUACGUUAAAUCUUUAAUAAAUACUGCUGGAACUAUUGCAAAUAGCAAUUAGGCAGAGCAAAACAAGUAAAUUGUGAAUAAAAAUUUGAAUUAUAUUAAUAAUAAUAAUAACACCUGUAAUAAUGUAGCGAAUCAGGUUCUUAUGUGGCAGUUGUAUUUUCGCGUGGUGCACCUGAACGCACCGCGUGGUUGCCAGAGUGAGGGAGGACUUUUCACUUUCACUUUACAUGGUCACCUGCGGUGGAAUGUAGGCGUGUUGUGUUGCACAAGUUGAUGGAAUAAAUGACUAGAAACCUGAUGAAGCUGGCGAUUUCUUUGGCAAUGUUAUCACAACAAUAAUUGUCACCUUAACUUAUGACGACUGGCGAACGGAGGUCGGCAGCGGACCGUCGAGAGUAGACAUUCUACGGCCAUAUUGUCAAGCCAUUUCACGGAUGGCACACGACGCUAUUAUUUCCGACUUAAUUUCAAUGGUAAGCAUCACCUUUUUCCUUUUUUUCAUCACCUGAAUUAACAUGAUUUGAACCCAUGUUGAUUGCUCUCACAAGAAAAUCUUCCGUGCGUCCGUCUUGUGGGGAAAAAAAACGAAACUGCGCCGCUGUCAUAGAUUGUCCUAUUUCGAGCAUGUCGUCAGAUGUAGAGGCAAAUGGCGAGUCAAAUUUUACGUCAGAUAGCGAAAAGAUUGUGUGUUGAAGCGAUCGGAUGUCGAGGUACCAUAGUUUUUUUUUCAUUCAAAUAGCCCAAGUGCAGUGAAUAUGAACAUGUCCAAAAUAUGACCAAAGAUUAAUACAGAUGAUCAAUUAACUUCACAGUCUCUUUAAGUACAUUUUACAAGUGUGUAUAAAAAUAGACAUCACAAAAACCCAUCUAUAUAUAUGUAGCACACUGCAAACAAUCUAAAACAAAGUAAUGCAAUAAAGAAAAACAUCCCUGUGGUGCAUUCGCAAACCUAGCCACGCAAACAAGCUAAAAUAUCAGCCUGAUCUCGCCGCUCGUUUUAAUCGUAUUUCAAGUAUGACUAUGUAUCCUCUUGUCGUUACAGGCCACAAAUACCCGUUGCUUACAUUUUAAGUCAUGUAAAUCUAACAUAGUAAAACAAACCAUACGCAAUGCCAUGCCUUGCAACCAUAAGUGGAGUUUAAGGGGGGCCAGGACCCCCCUGGUGGUCGAAAAGUUUCAUUGCAUGUAAUUGACUAUCCUAUAUAUAUAUAAGUUGUAAAGCAAGAAAACAACAAAAAUGAAUGAAAUGAACAAAAAAUAAGAUAUUUUUAUAAUGUGUCAAAAUUAUUUUUCGAACAGAUCAUGUGACUAGCAACUUUGCAUAUCAUUUUCAGAAAAAAAAUGGGGAGGGCAAUUUUAUUUUUUAUAAACGAUUUUUUUCUUUGAUUGAAGCAACUUUUUGGGGGAUUUAAUUAUUUAGACACAAAUACCCUACCCAUAAUAUGGCCCAAACACUAAAAGGAUUGCUAAAAUAAAUGAAAACUUUUUUUUAAUGAAAAAUUAAGUGUUCAAAUGCAAAUUUUUGAGUCUCAAAUAUUUUUUCGCACUCAAAAACUUUUUCUAUGAUUAUUUUUUUUCUUUUUUUGAUUGAAGUGAUUUUUCUUUUGAAAAUAUUUUUUUUAUUUAUGAAGCAACAUAUUUUUUGAUUGAUUAAUAAUGACACAAAUGUUCUAGCCAAAAUGUGGCCCAAACACAAAACAACAUUACUUCAAUCAAAAAAGUUGCUUCUAUCAAAAAAAAUUGACUUCAAUAAAAAAAUCAAAUAAGAAUAGCUUUCAAAUGCAUUUUUUUGAAUUUCAAAUAUAUUUUUGCAUCCAAACACAUUUAUUUUAAUUGAAGUGACUUUUUAUUUUUUUUUAUUUUUGAUCAAAUAAUGAAGACACAACUCUACCUCAAUAUGGCUGUGUCCAAGGCAUACAAUUUUUGACUGAGGUAACUACAUUGGCUCGACACCAGCGGGCGUACCAUAUUCAUUGGAUGAUGAUCUUGGAGAAAAGUAUAGCUAUCCUUCUAGCAGCCUGAUUUAGAAUUCUCAAGAAUGAUGGGACACAAAAAACGCUCAUUUUCAACUUAUUAUUAUAAAUAUUCUUGUAAGUUAAUUUUAUUGCUGACCCUGUGUUUCGGGGUCAUCAACAUGUUGUGCCCCCUCUGCCCCAAAAGGCAAACUCCGCCUAUGCUUGUAACCACUAAGCAUUUUCGUGUCGUCUCCUCAGACUUAAACUGGCAAACAUUUCGUUAUGUUUUAUGUUCAUCCAAGGCAUAUGCUUAGCUUGUCGUUUACGUCGAAUCAUCAUGAAAAAAAAAAGGGCGUCAACGAGAUAUGGUUGUUGAAAUGAUUGUGACUCGGCUGUCAAUGACUCACCUCUUCGGAAAGGUGCCUGCUCAUCUGCUCUCCUGUAAAUGAGCAAUAUUAAAUUAAAGCUGCACUCACCGUGCGUGGAUUCAAAUAAGGCCGUUGUGAUCUAAUUGCAGAGGGAGAAUUAGAGUGUCAUGGUAGCCAGUUUUAAUCGCUUUGGGUGAUUUUUUUUUUUUUUUUUUUUUUUAAACUUUUAUGGCAUGGGCAGACUCGGCCUCCACCCCCAAACUCACCUUUUAAUUUGUUUGAAGCAUUUGUCAAAAACCAGAGUGACUUCUCCCAAUCAGGAUUCAAAUAAGCAUUAUUUGAAUUAUAACAAUAAUGAGAAACAAUCUAUUUUUUUUCUUUUUGUUCACAUUCGAUUGUCGGUCAGUGUGUGUAUUUUGAUGUUGCUGUGUCGGGUUUAUUUCCUUACAAACGUGAUAAGAAAUUCCUUCUGUUUUUGAGAACUUUAUGUAAAUAUCUUUGGUGGGAGUUAACAUUUGUUGUGCAAUGGGUUUUCCUUUGUCACUUGAAAUGAUAAAGAAAACACGUUCAUGAUAACAGUGCUGAUGUUGACCAUGCUGAUUAUUACAGCCCUUCUUGAAUAAGGGCUUUUGAUGUCCGCUGCAUUUUUGUCAGAGGUAGCCAUGCCGUUGGAGGAGAGAGAAGAGGAGUGCUAGUUGAACAUCCGAGGCUCACUGUAGAAACAUUGCCACUUAGAUGUGUUUUUUAUAUCGCUGUUAGCUGUCAGCCCUUCCAGUCAAACUGGAUUGGACGUCUAUUGCCGUCAGUGGCAGCGAACAAGUUAUGAGAGAAAUAAUACAUGAUCAAAUAUUCAUGCUACAUGACAAUAAGUAGUGUGACAAAGUAGUCACGGUGGCUGAGAUGUGUGAGGAAAUUGGAACAAAAUUCUAACCUGUCUGUUCUUCUCUAUUCAACUGACUCGAAUACUGCUCAGAAAAAUUCAAAUUCUUUGGCAUACAACAACUUCUUUUUAAAGUAAUGGAAAUAGUUACUUUCCCUGGUAACUAGUUACUUUUAGUAUCGAGUAAUUCAGUUACUAACUCAGUUACUUUCUGGAAGAAGUAGUGAGUAACUAUAACUAAUUACUUUUUUACAGUGACGUGCCCAACACUGACGCAGAGAUGGUCACAAAGAGUAAUCUACCAUAGUGUAUUUACUAUUGCAAGUCUACUACUUCUGUGAGUCUGCUACUACCGUUGUGCUCAUUUUGCGUUCGUGUUGUGGCUAUUUGCGUUUGUGUUGCAGCUAUUGGCAUUCGCGGGUUUUCCUUUUGCAAAGCGUUUGGAAUUAGCAAAAUCAGUACAUUGUUAUUUGAAUUAGGAGGGAAGCAUUUACUUGCAUUUCACAUUUCAGGCUUGGCCCAACACGACAGUUACUCCAGCAGCCUGCAGGAAGGACAUUGGGUACACUAGAAUCUCUAUUUGUAAUGUCAUCCCAUAGCGGGCAUCCUGAGGGGGGUUAGACAGAAAACACUCGUUUAGCGAUGCGCUAAAAAUAAUCCUUGAUGCCAGUGCAUCCGCCGUAGGAGUAUUUUGCUUUCUCGGCUGGUAGUAGUAAUUUGGUGAGAGCAACUCCGAUCCACUGCCAUCAUGUAUGAGAAGCCAAGGGAUUGGAAGGAGUCAUUAGUGAAAAUUCUACUUAGCGGGGUCUCGUUUGAUAAGGUACAGCUGGCACUCCUGUCUCUUUGCCUCCUCUCUGAACUCGCCAUGGCUCACCUACUCAACAAAGAGUGCUCAAACUAUGAUACACACAAUUGCGAUGUGUUCAACUGAAUUCAAUGUAUUUACUGAUUUGUUUAUUUAUUUAUGUACUUUUGCCAACUUUGUAAAGUGUAUAAAUAUCUAUAAAUAUAUGAACAAGACAGUACUGUAUAGAUUUUAGCUGCCUGGUAAGGUUUCCUAGUAUAUACUUGGUAGACUAAAGCAAGUGUAGAGCUGUUCAAAAGCCAGUUACUGACAUUCUCGCAGUAACUCUGUGCCACUGGCGCUUUUGUAUCCUAAGUUUUGCUUCUGCUUUAUUUUUUUUUUUUCUAGCCAGUGGCGCCAAUGUGUGUCCUUAAUUUUGUCUCUGUUAGUUGGUUCUUCUGUUACUGGUGUUUUUUUCCCCUUUUUCUUUAUAAGACACAGCAAGGUUCUGGCAGCCAGGAGAGUGCAGUGGAACGCAGACUGGGACCCAGUGCAUAUAUGUAUGUGUGUGUGUGAUAAGUGUGUGUGUGUGUGUCUGUCCGUCUGUCUGUCCAGGCUAGUGCAAGUGUUCUCUGUGCAAAGCUCUUCUCCUUACAUUCCUCCCUUUGUUGUGACUCCGGUGUUUGUUCAGGUGCAGGAUGACUGUGUUGGCUGAAGCUGGCAGUUGCCCCCCCAUGACCACUCAAUUCCUUCAUUGCAAAGCUUCAUUUUAAUCCUCCACCAAGUAUAGAUUUCCACUUCCUCCACUCGAUUGUUCAUUUACUCUCCUAUUCAGACGGUAAUGCAUACACCUACAGAGUCUAAUUUACCAGUAAUCCAUGCUCCCUCAUCUAUCUGGGAUUCAGUGUCCAUUAGCGGCUCUUAUUCCUCACCUUAUUUUUUCCUUUAGCUCUGUGGACCAGACAGUGAUCAUGCAUAAAGAAGAAAGAUACAGUUCUGGCCCAGACGGGUCAGUCACAUUUACAAUAUGUACUCUGUAGCUCUGAUGUACAAGUAUGCACUCUGUAGCUUUGAUCUACAAGUACUAGCAAUUUAGAAAAGAUCAAAGUAACCCCAAGGUCACAGCAAUAGAUCAUUUACAAGUAAGCUUGCAUUUUAACGUAUUGGCUGCCAUUGAAAGCAAUAGAUCUCCAAUCAAUUUUGACUGGAUUGGAGGACUUUCUAUUGACAAACUGAUUUAAAGUCACAGCAGAAGGACGAUCAGAGCCACAUUCGGUCCUGGGCAUCUAUUACUGUUAAUAGCAUGAAUAGUGAUCCAAGAGGCUUUUACAUCUGUUUUUAAAGGGGAAGCUCAGAAAUGUUGACAUUAAACUUAAUCUUCGAGUUAGCAGGUGUUUAAUUAGUCGGUGGAGUUGAUUUCAACAAAUUCCGUGCAGUUUGUUAGUUAUUUUUGGCUAUGAGUGGCUAAGCCAGCGUGAGUCAAUGGUCCUGUCUUAGCAUGCCAAUAAAAAACAUGCAACUGAUGACCCAUGCAAUCAAUAGAGUUGGCUAUGUUUUCAGGAUAAAGUUAAUAAACUUACCAUUGCAUGUCAAUAACUGUAGUAUAAACAGCAACAUUUGUAAUCCAGCAGCUCUGCAGGGAGCAGGCUGCAGAGCGGAGUGAUAGUUUUUUCCACCGGUGUGUUUAUGUCGUAGCCAGCAGCAAUUAACCACAGUUUAUAUUGUUCCUCAAUGUUCAUAAGGAAUUUGUGGAAGCUUUCACUGGCCCGUUUCCUCUGUCUGUUUCCACAGCCUCUAAAUUAACAUUCCACCAUGUUGCCGUUCUUCCGACACGACUCAGUAGAAUGAUGCUGCAUUCGAUGAAUGUGCGAAGUCGGAUUUUUGCAACCCUCGACCAGGAAAAAUCAUUAUUGGAACGCCACUUGAACUGGGAGGCCCUAGUCGCAAAGUCAUAAAAAAAAGUACCCUGACUUCGUGAGUUGCUUUAAUCUGACGUCACUCGACAAAAUGGCGCUGCCAGUUGCCCGUCACAGGCCAUUUACAGAAUUUGCUAUUUACCUUAGCCGCCAUUUUUCCUUCACUAUUUGAUCGCUUACGAGAAGCCAGGUUUGCUGGAGGUCAAAAUGUCUUUUGAUAGCCAAAAGAAAAAACAACUUGUCGCGAUCAGCCAUCUUGCUGUUUACUUUCACUUGGAAUGCUUUGAGGUCGCAAUUGGUACCAUCCGCGUGGAAUAAGUCCGACUUCCCACAUUCCUCGAAUGCACCAUGAGGACGAGUGGCCGAAGCACUCCUCUCUAUUGUAGUCGUGUAAUGCAUCGAAAUAAAUACUCCUGCAGAAUGAAAUCAAUUACGGCAGUUUGGUGCGACAUUGUUUUGGCCGCAUGUGUAUUUUGAACAAUGAUCUGCAUUUUGAAUUUAUUUGACUAUGUUAGAUCUGUUAAUAUCGUUUAUUAUUUUUGGCAUGCUAAGACGGGACAACUGAUUCGUGCUACCUUAACCACUCCGGAGCCCUGAAACUAAUAAAUAACUAACAUGCUGCACGGAAUUUGUUGAAAUCAACUACGCCGACUAAAAAAAACCUCCGUUUACUUGAAGAUUAAGGCUAAUGUCAAAAACUUCCACUUUAAGACAUCUCAGUGUGUUAAUUGUUGAAAGAGGCACAGCUUGCAGGCGUCUAUCAUCGUCAAUGAUACUAUGCAUUUAAGUUAUCAAGAGUGGGGGAAAAUUUCUUACUAGCCUGGAACAGCAGAUGUUUUUUCCAUAUAUCCGGUACGGCUAUAGUCCACAUAUCAAUCUGGGUAAGAUCCAAUUGAGACCUGUUUCAUAGGGGAACUUUAAAAAAAUAUACAGUUGCUGAUUGGACGAUGGUUCUUCUCGUCACCCACACGAAAACAUUGUUUCAUAUAUAAAGUAAAGCUUUAAGUGACGUUUUUUGGUCGUAUUUUAAUGAGGAAAUUAAGUGUGUUUCCAGCGAAACUUCAGAAAUUGACCUAUCUACAAGAAAAGCUUUGCACCCCGACAUUGUAUUCAACCAGAUAAUUGCUCCCUGGUUGCAUCUGCAUCUCGUAUCUCUUACUCCUGAUCGACUCGAACAUUAGGUGAGAUUAGAUUAGAUUAGAUUAGGUUAGAUUACCAUAUUGGCCCGAAUAUAAAACGGUGUUUUUUGCAUUGAAAUAAGAGUGAAAAAGAGGGGGUCGUUUUAUAUUUGCGGUCUAGACAUUCUACCCAUUCAUGACGCCAGAUGGCGCCAGAUAUCAUUGAAGCGAUGUUCUGUCCUGACAGAUCUCAGCUACUUUCCUCAUUCACGACGCUAGAUGGCGUCAGAUAUCAUUGAAGCGAUGUUCUGUCAUGAUAGAUCUUAGCUUCUCUUAAGUUUAACCAGUUUGCAAUUUUUUAUUGCAAUGUUUUUCCUUAAUCAGAUUUGUUUCAAGACUAGAGUUACAGUUAGACUUCAAUUUGAUGGUUAAUGCAGUUAUUGCGAUUUUGUUGUUUUAUCACAAUAGAUUGGUUUAUUUACAUUUCAAAAACCAGAAGCCAUUCAUUUGCGAAUGUGAUUGCACUUUACAUAUUUAAAUGUUCAGAUAUUAAGAUUUGAAUGAGGCAAAAUAACAUGAUUUUUCUCUCAAAUAUAUUGUUAUAAACAUUUGUUUCAGAUGUACUGUAAUUAUUUUCUGUAUAAAAAUUAAUUUGGUGUUCAAAAAGUCUUUUUUCAAAUUUGAGUUUUGAAAAAGAGGGGGUUGUUUCAUAAUCAGAGCCGUCUUAUAUUCGGGCCAAUAUGGUAGAUUAGAUUAGAUUAGAUUAGAUUAGAUUAGAUUAGAUUACAUUAGAUUACAUUAGAUUACAUUAGAUUAGAUGAGUAGUUAGACUGCUGUGGUUUGCAAGACGUAACAGCAUGAUGAAUCACUGAAUCAGAAAGUACUUGCUGCAAGUUGCUUGCGGGGCUAAUUUCUUAUAUAAAACAAAAUUUGGUGCAUUAAAAUGAACCCAUUUCAUUCAUUUUUCUCAUUGAAUAAUUGGUUAAAUGUCUAUAUUGUUUUUACUUUAUUACUUAAACCAAUUAGAUUUAUUUCAUGGAUCAUUUAACGAACUAUAAUUAGAUUAAUAAAAACAUGAAUAUUUUUUUUUUCAUUAACACUUCCCUCUACAUGACCCAACCAAGUAGUUGGAUGAACUAUAUUGAAAAAUCAAAAUGAAGGUGUGGCUGUCAGCAAAACAGUCUUCAAGUCAAAAACUGCCAUAUUCACUUGUUAAAGGUCAAGUGGAGGUCUGCUUGUCCCCUUGUUUGCGGCAAGAGAUAUAGAACAGCCUUUAAGAUUGCUUCCCCUCCCUUGCACAUUUUUAACUAGUGCUCUGAUGUGUUGCUCGAUUGCUCGUGCAAUUGUGUGUUGUGCUUUUGUUGAAGUCUCUAUUCGCGCAGCAUCGGGUUCUUACUGGGUUAGCUCCACAGACGUCCUCACCCUUCUCGUACUUACUAAGUUCCAUGCUGGAAAACGUGCCAUUUCUGCACAAGCCAUGAUUCUAACAAUAUUUAGAUGCUAAUUUUCUCUAGGUCCUCCUUUUACCGCUCUGCUACUUCAACCCUGCCGUCAACCAGGAUCACUCGACAAGGGUGAAGGAAGGAUUGUCGGCGGAAGAGCCCGGUGAAGCAACAGAGCGGUUACUUAGUGUGUCCCAUAAUGAAGCGUGAGGGCAUCUGAAGGUCGAACCCAGUAGCUCUUUGGUUUUGCGUUCCAUGUUUUUUUCUUCAGCCUCUCCGGUUUUUUGGCCGAGCAGACUGUGAUCUUACUGGUGAUCGUUGUUCUCCUCCCAUCAGUGUUACAGAGUGUGAUGGAGGGAGCCAUGGAGCUGAGCUCUGAUUUUGUUCCAUAUUAAAGAAUCAUUUUUACA